AUGAAAAGCAAUGCAAAAGAUUCAGAAAAGUUAUCCACCGAAGGGUCUCUUUCAAAGCCAAUGCCCUACUUUGUUUUCUUGGUUUUUCUUGUCUGCAUCUUUUACGCUGUAGCUUUUGUGUAUCAUCCGUAUUCCUAUACCGCUAAUCCUCACCAAUCUGAGUUUGUCCAAUUCGAAAUACCCAGUCGGCCAAAGCCUAAAUCCCCAGACAAAACAAACCUCUCCCACAUAGUUUUUGGCGUCGCGGCCUCAGGCAAGCAAUGGAGCAAACGGAAAAGCUACAUCCAGCAAUGGUGGAGACCCAAUGAAACGCGAGGAUUCGUUUGGUUAGACGAGAAAGUCGAAGCCGGAGCCGAUGAAAAAAAUCUGCCGCCUUUGAAGAUCUCCGGCGACACUUCCCAGUUCAAGUACAACAAUUCAGAAGGCGAUAGGUCCGCAAUACGAAUAUCGCGCAUAAUAUCGGAGACAUUGAGGCUGGGCAUGGAGGAUGUGAGGUGGUUUGUGAUGGGGGACGAUGACACAGUUUUUUUUCCUGAUAAUUUAGUCAGGGUUUUGCAGAAAUACGACCAUAAUUAUUACUAUUAUAUAGGGAGCUUGUCUGAGAGCCAUUUGCAGAACAUACAUUUUUCAUAUAAUAUGGCGUAUGGUGGUGGUGGGAUUGCUAUAAGCUAUCCAUUGGCAAAGGCGCUUGAGAAAAUGCAGGAUAUGUGUAUACAGAGGUACCCGCAUUUGUACGGGUCGGAUGAUCGGAUUCAGGCUUGCAUGGCCGAGCUUGGUGUUCCUCUCACCAUAGAAAAAGGAUUUCACCAGUAUGAUGUGUAUGGCAACGUAUUCGGCCUCCUUGCGGCACACCCAAUCGCCCCCUUGGUGUCUCUCCACCACCUAGACUUGGUUGAGCCCAUUUUCCCAAAUAUGAACCGAGUCCAGGCUCUAGAGCAGCUCAAGCUCCCAUCGGAGCAUGACUCGGCUGGGCUUAUGCAACAAUCCAUAUGCUACGACCAGGAUCGAAGAUGGACUAUAUCGGUUUCAUGGGGCUACACAGUUCAAAUAUUUCGAGGCACUAUCUACGCUCGAGAGAUGGAAAGGCCGUCGAGGACCUUUUACAACUGGUACCCCAAGGCUGGCUAUACUGGCUAUCCGUUCAACACUCGUCCCGUCAACCUGAAACGCUGUCAAAAACCUUUUGUGUAUUUCAUUUCCAAUGCUACAUAUAAUUCACAAAUAGAUAAAACGGUUACUGAGUAUUCGUCGCAUCGAAUACCACGUAUGAGGUGUAGCUGGAUAAAGGCCGAUCCUUCACAAAUUGAUAGAGUGGAGGUCUACAAGAAGCCCAACCCAUAUUUAUGGGAUAAGCCUCCGAGAAGAAACUGUUGCAGGAUCUUGCCGUCCAAGAAUAAUGGGACCAUGGUUAUUGAGGUGGGAGAUUGCAAAGAAGAUGAAAUUAUUGUAUUGCGGUGA